UUUGCGUUUUAUGGUACUUUCCGAUAUUCCGCACAAAAUGUCUAGAAUAAUUACGAAUAUUUUGCGAUAUUUCAUUAUAAGUAUUCAAGAUUAAAUUAUUUUACUGCGUAAAAUACCCACUUGAUAGAGAUACCAAUUAUUUCAAAUCUCUUAUAUUUUCUACUAGCGUUAAAAGCAAUUUGUCUAUGGGGUAACUUUAGAUAAAAAAGUUUUGCACUUUAUUUUACUGUACUGUUAAUAUUUGUGUAACUUUUAAGUGGUAAACUGCCUUUGUUAGCAACAUUACUUCCAUUUAAUUGCGAUCUAUGUAGUACAGUCUUGUUUGAACAAAAUAUCUACCUAUAUAAGAAUUUAAUAAUUACUCCUUUGGACAGAAAAUAAGUGCCUACAUUAAUUUUUACAAAAAUACAUGCUAAAAGUGACAUAGUGUCAUUGAUUGGGUCAUCAAACAACUGUAACACUUAUAUUUAUUAGAAAAAUAUACCUACCUAUGUAUUAUCGAAAAAAUGUGUUCAACAUAAAAAAAACAACAUUAACAUAUGACAAAACAAUAUUUCUUUAAACUUAAAUAACUUCCAGAUAUAAAUCUUAUUCAUGUAAUUAUCUUAUUCUUAGGCUCUAGUUCACCAAGACAGAUAUUGACUUGUUCACUGAUGGUGAACAAGUCAACAUUGAUUCAGGGAGGUUACCAUGAAAUGUAACUUAAAUAGCUAGUUAAUAAUAUUAAUCAAUGGUUGUGUUGGUGAACUCAGGUCUAAGUUAUAGUUUUAUAUUAUUGCUAAUGCAUAUUUCAAGCUAUAAGUACUAUAAAAUCACUUUCUAAAGUUUUUGUUUUAUGUAAGUACAUAACAUUUUGUGAUCAUAUUAAAUAAACAGAGAUUAUUAAAUAAACAAUAUAGUUACUGAGUAAAAACCUAAUGUCUGGACUCUAAUUGCCUUUUUCACAAUGCUCAAUUAUUUUGCUGUUUGCUACUGGCCACAUAAUUUGACAAGGAAAACAUGGUAAAGUUGAUCUGUCCAUUACAUACACAGAACCUGGUUUGAAUGUUGUGAAUCAAGCUUCAAGUGUAGAUUAUGUCAUUAUAAUUAUUUACUGCGAAAGUAUUGUUUACUGCUAAGUGGUAACACUAAAGACUCAACUUGCUUUACACAUUACAAUUAGCUUUUGUCAAAUAUGACUAACUAUGAUGUAAUUAUUGCUUCAAUUUUAUUAGUAUGUAAGUUUAAAAAUUUAGCGCCAUAGAUUAUAUUCAAAAUACAUUUUGAUUUAUAAUUUACUUUUUGUUUAUUUCAUGUUAUAAUAUUUAUUACUUACUUGGGUAUUUUAAUGUGUUAUAUAAAAUAUAUCUGUUAUGGUUUACAGUACACCUAAUAUAGACUUACCCACUAUUAAUAAAUUGUUGUCAUAUACAACUACAUAUAAUUGUAAAGGACUUUUAGCAAUGUACAGUUAGAGUAGACAGUAAAUCUAAUCUACUUAAAUUAAAUUGUGGUAAGUUGUAACUGCAUAUACCAAUGGUACCAAUUAGAUAGGUAAUUAAAAGUUACAUUAACUUGCAAAAAGUCCCAACAAUACAUUGAUAUGAUGAAAAAAAAUAUAUAUAGUGCUGUGACAUUUCCAAAUAAUAAGACAACAGCUUUAAUUUCAGUUAUUGAUUAAUUUAUUCAUAUGAUUUUACUAUCAUAUUAAAUGCUAUUUACACGAGAAUAAAUUAUUAUGAGAAACGUGACUGUUUAAAUUUUGUACCCUCAAUAAACUUACCAUAUUUUAAGCUUCUUAAAAGUUUCAACUACCUCAGCAACUGGUUUUAAAUUUUUAUCUUCAUCCCAAAAUAGUUUACCACAUUCUUCACACAAAACUGCAGCCUUUUUAGAGGCUGUAAGUUCACUUGCAUUAUGUAUUUCUAUCAUAACACCCUUACUUGUAGUUAAAUUUGGUUUGGAAUAAACAACUGGUUGAUAUAAAUCUAAGUCAUCACAAUCGGAAUCACUAAGAAAAUUGUCACAGUAUGACAUGUCAUCUUCUUCAUAACUAUAUCUGUCUGCAUAAUUAACAUUAUUGGUUACCAUCAUUCUUUGGUAUUCCGUACACAUUUUGACAACAUCAUCUACAUUUAACUUUUUCAAGUCUUUACUGUUGCAAUUAAUACAAAUGCUGAAAAGAUUCUCUUGUUCCACUUUUAUAUUGUAACUAUUAAAUAUUUUCCUUAACUGUUGUACAACAGUAUCCUUUCCAACUUGUAAAAUUGAACUCUGAGGGAAGUUAUCAGAAGGUGUAUGUUUCAAUUUAGAUACUAGGACUAGGCGUUCUUCUGAUUUUGCCAGAUUUAUAACAUCAUGCCAUAGCAUUGUUGAUGGCAUUCCAGUUGUGUCUAUUCCACAAUAUCUUAGAUAAGGCAUUAAAUAAGAUAACAAGGGUUCCACUAAGAACUUCACCUCAUGAACUGAUCUUGAUUGUACUACUGGCACACUAGACUGCAGCCUGUCCACAACUUUUACUUUCUUUGUGCAUUUCUUUUUACUUUCUAACAUUACAUCAUUGCAUAUUUCCUCAAAAUUAAUUUGUUGCUCUAAGCAGAGCUUUUGAAGGUAUUCAUAUAAUUGUAUAAGCACAUGUGCAUCAAGAGCUGCAUAUUGAAUUUGGGUACUUCUCAAUGGCCUGAGUUCCCAAUUAGAGCAUUGUUCUGAUUUUUCAAGAGGUAAGCCAAAACAUAUUUGUACUAGGCAACUGAGACUAUUCCCUGCAGUAGCACUGGUACCAGGCAAUGAAAGACCAUUAUUAAGAAGACUCUUCCACAGAGUACCUAGAUCCAAUAGCCCUUCACCUUGUACUUUGAUGUUUCCCAGUCCUACUACACAUGAUUUUAUCUCUUUUAAGUCUUGUUCUAGUCCAAAUCCAACUUUGAUUAUCUCAGCAUUAUCCAGAAAAGAUUUAUGAAAAGUGUACCAAAAGCUUAUGUACUCUGGUUUAUUCAACUGUAAAGUAUCUAUGAGAUGAACUUUGUUGGUAGUAGCAAUUUGUAUUAAUGCUACUUGAGAUUGUGUAGCACCAAAUGAUGGCUUCCAUUCACAAUCAAUGCUGACAACACUACUCUUUACAAUAUCUGAUAUCAUUAGAUCAUAGAAUUUCUCUCCGGUGUCUAUGAUUGUUACCUGAUCUUCCUGUAAACACAAUUUGUAAUAUUCUUGGGGAGUUUGUGAAGCUUCAUCAGUGGUGUCCCAAUUUUCUUCUUCAAUAUUGUCAUUUAAAGACAACUCUUUAAGGUCCUGAGGUAACUCACUCUCUGCCAUAUUCAAAUAUGCAGCCCACUUUAGAGCUUCAUUCCGAUCAUACUCUGCUAACAUUUCAAUGAAUUCUUGACCAGAGCUAGCAUUUUGCUUCAGUGAGUCUUUCACUAAAUCUUCCCAGACAGAUGAACUCACAUUGUGUUCUUGAUAUUUUUGAUGUAUUAAAUAUCUCAAACCACCAGUUAUACGAUUUUUACUGAGAUUCUUACAAGUUUCUAUAGGAAUGUUAAACUUAUUGCAUAGGCGGGCCACUAGUUUGCCCAGAGGCUUGUAGUGUAGUUUGUCAUAUCUAACAUGAGAAAUUUUAUUAUCAAGAGUAUAAUUGUGUACAUAAUCUCGAAUACUAAUUGAUUUGUCUAAUAAUUCAUCUAGAAAUAUUAAUAAACGCUUCACCUGAUUGGGGCAUUCAUUGAGAUACUCAUCAACCAGAUUUGAUUUAUCUUGCAGAAUCAGGGGAAACACAAGUUCCUCUACAGGUAUGUCAUCAAAUAACUCCAUGCAAAUAACAAUUUGAGAUGCUUGCUUGCAAUUGUCUUUACUAACCAUAUCUUUUACAAUAGGCAGAAUUUGAUCUUUAAUUGUAAUUAAUUUGUAUGUUUUUACCAUUAGGCCCAGGAAAUUGUUAUUUCUCUGUUGGACAGCUAUAUGAAAUGCUGGCAAUUUUAAAUUUUCAUCUGGCAUAAUCCCACUUAUCUCUGACCAUUUCAGUAAAGUUUCCACAAUGAAGUAUGGUAAAGUUUUUGGCUUGCAAUCUUUGUAAUCAUCACAUUUAAUCACAAAAACUAAUGUUACUCUGUAGGGUUCCGGUGAGCACUGAAGAAAUGUUUUGAUAUGAGAUUCAAUGGCUGGACUCUUUUUCCAUGUCUUCCAAGUUAAUCUUAACUGUUCUAGCCAUAACUUGGAAUUGUCAUCAAGAUCCACAUUAAGACCAAUGGCCUUCAACGAAUCUUCUACGGAGGGAACUAUUUUGAUGGAUUGAUUCUUACUGACUAGUUUAUUAAUAUCCGUUGUUGUUGUUAUGUCCAUUUUAUUAUUUUCUUUAAUUCUUGGUUUCAACUUUGGUCAAUCUUCAUGACAUCAGUUAGAAAUAGGAAUUGUUCGUUAAAAAUCUUUAUCUUAUGCUAUUGAACACAACUACUGGUAGCAAGAUCUUAAUUACUAUUAUCGUACGUAAUUUACUCGCAACUAUAAUAAAUAAUGAAGGUAGUAAGGUACAAUAUUCUCUUUAUUAUAAUCUAGGUAAUGUUUUGUCUCGUCUCAUCGUCUGUCAUUGUGACGUGACGUAACGAACAUAAUGUCAUGUUUUUAUUAUAAAUAUAUAAGUAUCAGAGGUACCUAAAUAUCAGAGUACCUAGCAGUUGUAGAAGAAGGUGAAUGAGACAAGAAAUUUAUUGUGAUUGAGAGUUUUGUGGAUCGUUAUUCAUCUAUAGUAAAAUAGUGAUUCUAAUUACAAGUUUUUCUACAAUUUACAAUCGAAGAUGGAGCUCUCCGCGGAAGGUAAAACCCCCGAAUACAUGGCGUUGGCCGGAAUCAAGUUCAAGCUUAGUUUGCCACACUUAAAAGAUGAUCCGCAGCUGAAAGAACAACUCUUGCAAGGAAUAAAGAAUGGACACAUGGCUCCUUAUUAUAAAGAAGUUUGUACCGACCUUGGAUGGAAAUUCGACCAGAAGUUGUAUGAUGAUAUGGCAAAAGAGAACCAGGACAGGUUAUCCAAGUUUCAAGAGGAUGAUUCAGAAACUCCAGUAUGGCAGGACAGGCUGGAUUAUCUUUGUUCCAUCGGGGACAAAGAAGGCGCAACUGCCCUGGCAGUCUCAAAAUAUGAGGAUUCUACCCUAACCACAAACAGACGCUUGGAUGCAGUCUUUGCUUUGUUCAGAAUUGCCUAUUUUCAUGGAUGUAAUGUUAAAGAAAUGGGCAAAAACAUAAAUAAGGCACAUGAGCUUGUAGACAAAGGUGGAGACUGGCGUUCCAGGAAUAAGCUGAAGGCAUACGAAGCGAUCUAUUGCCUUGCAGUCAGAGAUUACAGCAAGGCUGCAGACUUGUUCAUUGACUGUGUAUCCACAUUUGAAUCUUAUGAACUUGUUGAUUUUGGUACCAUUAUUCAAUAUUGUGUGUUGGCUUGUGCAUUGGCACUGGAACGUCAUGCUCUGCAGUCAGCUCUGAGGCGCCAGGGUGCUGCCGUGCAGGCUCUGCGCUCACGGUUCCCAGAGCUGAGAGAACUUGUAGAGUCACUCCAUGAAUGCCGCUAUGCUGAUUUCUUAAAGAGUCUUGCUUGGGUGGAGACCCAAAUCUGUGUAGAUCCAGUAUUUAGGCCCCACUACCAGCACUACGUGCGCGAGGCCCGCAUCAAGGCGUACGUUCAGCUGCUGCGCGCGUACCGCUCGCUCAGUCUGGACAACAUUGCUGAUACAUUCGGCGUCUCCCGUGAGUUCGUCGAGGAAGAGAUCUCCAACUUCACGGCAGCGGGUCGCUUGCAAUGUCGUAUUGAUGCGGUCGCGGGUUGCGUAGUUACGGGCGCUGGUCGGGGCGCUGAUGCCGACCGCUCCCAGCUGUACCAGGCGACCAUACGCGAGGGAGAUCUACUUCUCAAUCGUGUCAAGAAACUAGCCAGUGUCAUCAACUUCUAGUGUUCAUGUGUGCUUGGUAACAUUAUUAUAUUAAUUAUAACAUUUUAAGCAAUCAUUGUAGUUUGUUUUACUGUAUUUAGAAGUCCUAUUAGUUGUUAUGUAAUUUG